AUGAGCAAGAAAUAAUCAUCAACUCAAUAAAAACCUUAAAAGAAGGAAGAUUAUUACGUCACUUUAGGCGUUUCUAAGACCGCCACUGAUGAUGAAAUCAAGAAAGCAUAUAGAAAACUAGCUCUCAAGUGGCAUCCUGAUAAAAAUCAAAACAAUAAAGAAGAAGCUACAGAAAAAUUCAAAUGUAUUACUGAAGCUUACGAAGUACUUUCAGAUAAGGAUAAAAGAGCUCACUAUGAUAGAUUCGGUUUUGACGGACCAUAAAUGAGCUCUGGUGCAAAUGGAGCUAACUUUGGAGGAGACUUUGGAGGAUUUGGUGGUGGAUUUAGUUUUGAUCAUGCAAACGAUGUUUUCAAGCACUUCUUCGAAGAUUUUGGUUUUGGAGAUGAUGGUGAUGAUCCUUUCCUCAUGAAUUUCUUUGGUAGAAGAGGAAGUAAGAAGUCUUCUAAUGGCAGUUCAUCUAACUCAGGAAGUAACAGAAGCAACGGUUAAGGCUUCGGCGGAUUUGGUGGAUUCGGUGGCUUUGGCAAUUUUGGUGGCUUUGGAGGCUUUGAUAAUAACGACUUCUUUAAUCAAGGUGGAUUUGGUGGUGGCUUUGGUGGCAAUUUUUAGAUGUCCUCCUUUAGUAGCUCUUCAGGAGGUAUGGGUGGCGGUGUAGGCAAAUCUGUAAGCUAAUAAACAGUCAUCUAAAACGGUGUUAGAAAAUCUAUUAAAAAGACCACUAUCACUAAGCCUGAUGGUACAAAAGAAGUAAUUGAAGAAACUUCUGAUCAAAAUGGAAACACUUCAACUAAUAAAUAUAUGAUUGGCACUGAUAAUAAAAUGUACCAACUUCAAAACUGA